AUGCAACUGGAUCCAAUUUCCAAGACCACGUUUCCUAUGGAUACCUGUAUGGCUGCGUACUCUAUUCUUUAUCCCUUCUACUUAUCAUGUAAUUUUGCCAUUGAAAAACCUCAUCUACCUGUACUCAUUACAAAUGAUCAUGUAUAUGUGUUCGGUUGUAUUAUAUUUUCAUUCACUAAUGGAUAUCUUGCAUCAUUGGGUCUAAUGUAUGCACCAAGAUGUUGUUCACCUGAUCGAGCACCAUUGGCUGGAAUGUUCGGUGGAUUCUUUCUUACUCUUGGUGUAUUCACUGGAGUUUAUGCUUCUCGUGGUUUAAACAGUCUCAUAUACUAA